AACAAAAUUCAAAACACUUCACAAAAUAACAAAAUGGCUGCUGCCCCUUCUAUUUACUCUCAUUCAUCUGUCAUCAUUCAAGAAUUCUUGAAGACUUUCCACUCAAGAAGAUUAUUACUCCAUGCUCCUCUUUAUAGUUCACCUCCACUAUCAGCUGCAACAACAAUUUCCCCAUCCAGUACAAAACCUCAGAAUAACACUUUCGACGCAAAUGUUGUAAUGGUCCUAUCAGUCCUCUUAUGUGCCUUAAUUUGCUCACUUGGAUUGAAUUCCAUCAUAAGAUGUGCACUAAGAUGCUCGAGUUUCGUAUCCUCUGAUGACACCUCGUCUGUGCGCCUAGCCAAUACAGGAAUAAAGAAAAAGGCCCUCAAAACAUUUCCCAUAAUAAGUUACACUAGUGAUUUUAACCUUCCAGGUUUGGACACAGAGUGUGCAAUUUGUCUCUCAGAUUUCGCCAUAGGAGAACGCGUUCGAGUCCUGCCCAAGUGUAACCACGGGUUCCAUGUCCGGUGCAUCGAUAAGUGGCUGAAUUCACACUCCUCUUGCCCUACUUGUAGGCACUGUUUAAUUGAAACUUGCCAGAAAAUUGUAGGAUGCAACCAAGCUAGUACAUCAACACCAGUGAUCCCACCACCAUUAGAAGUUCUUAUAAGGAUUGCACCUUUACAACGAGAAGGUUUGGUACAAAAUCAUCAAACUUAGGUAUAUAUUUAGCUAAUUCUAUCAGAUCAUCUUGUGUUUGUUUUUUUUUUUUUUU